AGAAAGCAGCGUGCGUGUGUACGUACCUGUGUAUGUCUGUGGACGAGCUAGGGGCGUAACAGAAAUCAUAGGUCUUGCCUCAUUUCCAUGAUGCUGCGACAGGGACAACCCGCCAAGCGGUGGGGUGCGUUGUGCUUGCUGGCAGCUUACGUUGUUAGUGUCUCCAUACUAGUCGUCUAUGCGGCGGGCAUCAAAAUUACCGUGCCAGAAAAGGACGAAGACUGGCCUUGGAAGCCGCAGCUUGACUUGUUUGUUUCCGAUACAUUCUUUACCGGCGAGGCGGAGCUGCACGACGCGGAUCACUGGCAGGUGCUGUCCCAGGUAGGGGCCCCGCUUCGCAUCGCCGCCGACAGCAGUUAUGACCUAAUGCAGCUACUAGAACUCGUCAGCUUCAUGCGCGCUGACGGCAAGGGCACGUGCCCUUUCUACACCACUCCCUAUCGCCGGAUGUAUUACUGGUUUCACCCAGACGAGCUGGCGCUGUUGUACGGCGAGGCGCGCUGGAUUGCGCUGCAACGCCUACAGGAGCCGAAAGCGUGGUCGCUGGUGCUGCACGAGACAGUUGGCCCCGCCGUCCGUGCGGCGGAGGGGUUUAUCGAGCACUUGAAAACGGCCGAUCUUCCGGGGCAGCUUCUUUUACGCUUGCGGGAGAGCAAUGGCAACACCCAGACGCUGCACGUACCGUUGGCAGACUUUCGCGUGUCUGUGCGCAUCAUCUUCGCGGGGCACCCGUUAGAGUACCGCCUGCCGCAACUGACGGUGGACGGGGAGGCGGUGGGGCGACGCCGACACAUUCAGCGCUUCCUUCACACCAAGCAAAAGGUCGAUGCCCAGGUGGCGGAGUUUGACGCGGCCACCGUGCGAGCGCAGAACAGUCUCCGUGCUUCCUUGAUGGAGUUGCAGCGGGAGGAACAGGACGCCUACGACACACACGCCCGAUUUAAAGCACGAUACCAGCGCUUUUUGUUGGACCGGCAGGCACGCCGUGAAGCGGCGGAAGCGGCGAACGAGACAGAGAGAGCGGACCGGUUGGAUGGGAAAGGCGUGGCGGAUGCGCGGAAGGGUCCGCUGAUGACAUCGUCCUUGUUGGAAAUCCACGCCGUUGCUGGGCAAGUGCGCACAGCGGAGGAGCGGCGCGGCGUGUCGUGUCGCAAGAUCUACGCCGCGUGGGACACGCUUCGCGGCAGCGGGGUGCGCUGGGAGCACGACGGGCGCGCGACACAGCUGCGUCGAUUACACGCCCGACACGGGUGCCGAGACGACCUGGCACCUCUUCAGCGUGCGCUCCACGGCAGCCCGUCGGCGGGGGAAGCCGACGAGGACGGCGAUGCGACGGUGGCGGAGUUACACCCCACGGCGAGACAGGUGUGGGUGGGGAGUGUGGCGGAGAUGAUGAUGCAGCGGGAGAAGUCGGGUCGACCGCCGACCAUUGCGCAGCUUUAUGCCGUGCUCUUUGCUGUGUGGAAGGCGGCGGCAGGGGAGGCGACUACUAAAAUGGCGAACGAAUCGUUUAGCGCGUCUGGCUUUGUCCGUUUCGUGGAUCAUUUCGUGGAGAGCGGCGAUGCGGUGGAGAUGGCCGGCGGGUGGCUUCCUCGCUUCGUGCGGGCAGAGCUGCAUUACGUCGUCGGCAUUCUCGACCUGGUCACAUAUCAGCAUCUCAAAAGCACCGCGACCAGGCAGAGCGCUGACUGUGAAGCCGACGGUGUGGUGCGCGGCGUCGUGCAGCUGUACGAGGCCCUCAGCGCCGGCUCGCACCACGCAGCGGGGGCGCUAGCGACCCUCCGCGAACACGGCAUCUUUACGCGCCAGCACACCAAGGCGGCGAUGCUGCUGCUGCUGCAGUCGAUGCGAGUGGUACCGUCGCACCUGCUGCGGCAGCUGCUGUUGAGCGCGCCUCCUUCGCCGACCGCUCCCUCGAGUGCGCCAUCGCCCUUUCCCACGCUCCACCAUCGUGCGCUGAAUGCGCGCGGCCUCGACGCAUCACGGCUGCUGCGCUUCGAGCAGUUCUACGCGGUGGAUCACACCAUCCGCGAGGUCGACGACCCAUUCAUGACGCGAGCGGGCAUCACGACUCUUGUGGCGGUUUCCAACGAGAACAUCCAGUCUACCGACGACGCCCCCGAACUGGAGGACGUCUACCGCGAGGCAGCGAUGGAGCGGGAACAGGAGGACUACGAAGGCAGCAUCACCGUCCGUCUGAGCCGGCGCGUCCUGAAGGCAAAUAUGUUGUUUUCUGGCUUUAAAGACACAAAGCUCGACCCGCACGAGGCGCAGUGUGAGUUGCUCGUCGUCCUCCGUCGCCUCGGCUACUUGUGCGACUUGAAUGUGUCUUCGCUGCACUCGGCAGACCGGUCGAUCAGUGGGCGCCCCAGGUACCUUGAGACGAGGAUCGGUGUGCCACUGCCGGACUCGUGCGUCGAACACGAUACAGAGCUGUACAGCGUGCUCGGGAACACUCGCCACACGCUGCUGCUCUGCCCGGGCAGCCAAGACGCAUUCGGGCACGGACAUCCACGCGAGCAGGUGCCGACCUCGGAGACGCUCUUCGCAAUGUUGCACCAGGUGUUGCUCUCCCUCAGCUACGUGCACCUCCUCCACACCCACAAGUACGAGCUGAGCCACAUGUACGCCGCGCUUUCCGUGGAAAUGUCGAUACGCCUGCAGCGGUUGCUCGUCAAGCGGCUGGAUCAGGUUCGCGAGACGGUAGAUCGGUUCGCGAACGUGUUCUCCAAGGUGGAAAAUGCCACGCCGCCCGCACCAGUGUCGCCGUACGGGGCGCUGCGCAUGUCUGCGGAAGGCACUGGUGCGGACGCGUGGGCAGCUGCCGCCAUCAUGGAGGACAUCGAGAACGGCACGGAAGACUAUGGCAAGGAGGUGCCGAAGCAGUCGCCGUCACGGUCGUUGGAUGAGCGGGCGCGACGUGCUGUAGAGCGCUGCCGCAGUGUGACGGACUCACCGUUUGUCAUCACGGAGUCCCUCCUGCUGCUUGCGCUGAGUCGAUGGGCGAAGCGCGGACCUUUGGUGGGCAACGCGGUGGAGGUUAGCGCGGUGGAGCAGCAGCUCUCGGCGUGGACGAUGGAGCCGUUUCAGCUUCUGGGCCAGUUGCUGGGCUCGGCCGACGCAUCGAACCAAAGAGCGGAACAAAACGAGUCGCGUGGAGGAGGAGAAGUUGUGGAAGAGGCGUUGCGGGACUUGAAGCGGUCGGAACCCCCCAACAGCCCGGCAGACGCCGCGUUGUUGCCGCACAGCCGUGACGCCGGGCGCACACCGGCGCCCUUGGACGUGCACGCGUUGUUUCUCAUUUGCCUGUCCGCCAUGAAGCGGUGGAAGAGCGACUUUCCCUCUGUGCAUUUGCUGGACUCAACGUCCUACUCCGUUCGUCGCACCGAUCCAUUUGUGAUGGCGUCGUUUCUUCUGCACGCCGAGGACGCCACAACGCACGCGCCGUUGAUCUCGAUCCCGAAGCUGCGCGACCUCGCCGUCGCCGCCUCGCCGCAUUUCCUCGGUCAAACCCCGCACUUCCUCCCUUUGGUGGACGACACCGUGGAGUCGUACGCGGCACGGCUGCUGCGCUUUGCGGCACGCCACAUCCACGCCCUGGAGCCCACCGUCGAGCUGCUGCGCAGCGGGGACUACGGUGUCGGCUUCACGAUGGACAACACCGCGCCUUCUUCGACGGCGGGGCUGCGGCGCCACGGCGUGGUCGACGACGCACCACCGCGCCGCUUUCGUCUGCAGACGCUGCGGCGGGUGAAGCAGCAAACGAUCGAGACGGCCGACCUGCAGCCUCUUCUUUACGCUUCAGAUGUGCAUGACUACUUCAACCAGUCGCGGUGGACGUAUAUGGGUGUUGCACUGAAUGCGGCGUACAACGCACUGCUCUACCCCUUCACGUUUACGACCUCGGAGAGCGUGUUGGACGAGAUGGAGAAGCACCUGCAGUUUAUUGCACCGGAGGAGCGGGAGGAGGUGUUGCGUGCCUUCGUGAUCGAAGGCGAGGGUGGCGACGACAAUGGGUUUGAAAUCCGGGGGAGGGACUCUAGCGGAGAAAGCACAACGGAAGACUCCGCACAACGUGCGUCAAGCGCGGCAGAACAACAAGCACCUCCGCACGCGCUGUUCAUGAACGUUGUUGCUGGCGAAGAGACAACAUCGGUGUCCGAUUUUGUGGAAGGCUUUGCAAAGAGUAUUCCCCUUCGGGAGCACUUCAUUGCGUGCCAGCUGUUCAGCUUUACGCUGGAGUCCGGCAUGCCGGAGGGGUUCUCGCUGAUUCUCUACGAAGCGGCCGACCGCGGCAACCCAUUUCUGCGCGAUGUGGCGAACUACCUUGCCGACGCCGUCUUCGGCCGGUGGACAGCCAGUGUGUGGACGGAGCACCACCUCAGUGCGCAGUGGCAGCGCGAGAAGAGCGAGCUCGCCAUCGACGGAUCAAUCCUCUCGCUGAACACCCGUUCUCCCUUCGGCUACGCCUCGCUGGAGGGGCGUCAGGAGUUAUUUGCGCGACUCAGCCGUUGGAGGGCGGCCACGGCUGCUGCUGCCGCCGCUGCAGCAAACCAGAGUGGCCUGUCCGCGGCGCGUGAUCAGCUACUUUGGUGCGCUGGAUUCCUGACGCGCAAGGCCUACUACGGCUCUGCGCAGAUUUAUCCGUUGGGGUACGAGGGCGCUCUCUACCCCGCGGCGGACCUGGCAUGCUUGGCGGAGCUGAACCAGCUUGUUGCUUCGCAUGGCGGACCCGCCGGUACGAAGGCAAAGUGGAGCAAGACGCAGUGGCGACAGGCGCAGAGGAACGGCACCGACCUGCUGCGCGAUUUGGGCGAUCGUCUGGCGUACGACUACGGCCUAAUUGAGCGGCCCCCGGCGCGUCACUUUGCAUUGUCGGAGAACGAGUUCCGCCGCAACGUGUCAAACCGCGACACGGCGACGGAGGCGGUAGACCGCCAGCACGCGCCCCUCAAGCGUUUUAUGCGUGUCUCGACGCAGCUUGUGGAGCCGUGGAAUCGGCGAUCGCGCCAGAUCGACGUGGAGUCGUUAGGAUACGGCGAGGGUGUCUACUACAACGGUCGUCUGCAUCGCGUGAGCGGCUACCGCUGGGGGUCUAUGAUGCAGUCUUGGUGGCUCUGGGUGCGCCAUUUCUUUCCAUGA